GGGAAUGAACCCCUGACCAUCCUCCCUCUGACCUCAGAAAUGGAGGAAGCUUCCGUCAAAGCCCAUUACAAAGUCUGUGACCGCCUGAAGCUGGAGAAGAAGCAGCGAAGGAUGUGCCGGAGAGACCCUGGGGUGGCAGAGACCCUCAUGGAGGCCAUCAGCAUGAGUGCCCUCGAGUGCCAGUACCAGUUCCGCUUUGAGCGGUGGAACUGCACCCUCGAAGGGCGCUACAGAGCCAGUCUGCUCAAGAGAGGUUUUAAGGAAACAGCCUUCCUUUAUGCCAUCUCUUCGGCAGGGCUGACCCACGCCAUGGCCAAGGCUUGCAGUGCCGGGCGCAUGGAGCGCUGCACCUGUGAUGAGGCCCCUGACUUGGAGAACCGCGAAGCCUGGCAGUGGGGCGGCUGUGGCGACAACCUCAAAUACAGCAAUAAGUUUGUCAAAGAGUUCCUAGGGAAGAAAUCCAACAAGGACCUGAGAGCCAGGGUGGACUUCCACAACAACCUGGUGGGCAUGAAGGUCAUCAAAGCCGGGGUCGAGACGACCUGCAAGUGCCAUGGCGUGUCAGGGUCAUGUACCGUGCGGACGUGUUGGCGGCAGCUCUCCCCCUUCCACGACAUUGGCAAGCAGCUGAAGCAGAAGUAUGAGAUGGCCCUCAAGGUUGGCAGCACCACCAACGAGGCGACAGGCGAAGGAGACAUCUCCCCGCCCAAGAAAUCCAUCCCAGGUCACGGUGACCAGAUCCCAAGGACUACGGACCUUGUCUACAUUGACGACUCCCCGAGUUUUUGUCUGGUGAGCAGGUACUCACCUGGCACUUCAGGCCGGAAAUGCUACAAAGAUAAGAACUGCGAGAGCAUUUGCUGUGGCCGGGGCCACAACACCCAAAGCCGGGUGGUCACCAGGCCUUGCCAGUGUCAGGUCCGCUGGUGCUGUUAUGUGGAGUGUAAACAGUGUACGCAGCGAGAAGAGGUGUAUACCUGUAAGGACUGACAUGCCCCAACUGGAUCGUCUGUCAUGAGGA